AUGGUACGAGCAUCACCCAGGCCUUUACCAGCCACUGGUGUGCGUGAUGCGGAUGGUACAUUAAUAUAUCAUCGAGCAAGAGCAGCGCCUUGUAGAAGGGUUGUGGAACGUAUGGAACAAUGUGGUGUUGAAAUAAGAAAGGGACACUUUACCGAAAAAGAAGAUGAGAUUCUUCGCAAGAACUGGUCAAUGUUUGCCCAAAAGCACGGAUUGGAUGAUGAUGCAGCGUUUGAAUAUUCCGGUGGUUACAGUUAUGAGAAGAUGAAAAAUGGUGACUUUCAAAAACAUGUGAAAAAGCUCUUCGACAUGCAGUUCGUUCCCAAUAUGUGUAGAGGUUUGGAUCAACGAACUGGUUACCAGGUAAUAUGGAGACUUCAUUAUUUAUUCCGACCGAGGGAUCAAAAUCUGUCCAAAUACACGGAUUGGAAAAUUAUAAACAAAUGGACUCCAGAAAGACUGGAAACUUUGAAAGAGUUAGUGAAACUCGGCUUCGGUCCACUGGAAAUAGUACACAGAAUGCAAAUAAGCCGUGAUUCGGUGGUGUAUCAUAUGCGGAAAUUGGGUUUGGAUGAGGCGUUUGAUGAAUCGACCUAUGAUUCGACUCCACUGAAAGAGAUGACUGCAAACGAAAGAGCUUACUUCUUCAAAUACAUAACUUAUGCUGCUGGAAGAAGCACCGCACAACGUUAUCCAUCACUAAGCGCAGUCUUGGAACUAUUCGAAUCAAAGGAGGAAAUCGAUUACGCAGUGGUUGCUUUGAAUAUGACCGCAGUGAGGAUGACUGCUAGUCAGGCGAAACGUUACUGGUUGUACGAAGGAGAAAAGCUGAAAAAGGCAUACGAGGAAUGCGGACGUAAUAUGAACCGAGUGAGUCGGCUAUACAAUCUGCCAUCGAGAAGGAUGAAUACGCUAGAAUGGCAGCGAACAGUGGCAAUUAUUCGUGAGCAGAAUCCAGUGAAUGUUCGAGAUAUCGACAAGAAUCUUGUGCACCAGAGGAUGAUGGAAGAGGGUCUAACGGGUUUUUAUACACGUGGUUAUAAAGAAGGGUAUUAUGCAGUUGAAAAAUUCCUGAUGGUGAGAAGCAGAUGUUUACUUGCACUGAGGAAAGAUAUACCAGUCAUCGAUGAACUUACUUGCCGAGAUUUGGCUGAUGUUAUGAUAGAGUACAGUAAAGCAACACAUUGGAAGUUCUAUCGAGAGUUACGACAUGUAGUACGUGGGAAUAUGGAUAAGUUGAAGGCAGUGGUAAUUAAACAGUUACAAGCAGCUGGAAUAUCCCUAGAACAAGUACCCAACUAUAAGGAGAUGCUGGCACGGGGCAAUGCCUAUGUCCUUCCGCAUUUCAGUGAUGAUGAUGAUGAUGAUAAUGAUGAUGAUGAUGAUGAUGAUAUGUUAGAUGAAUUGCAACAUGCAGCAACGACCAGCUUUAAUCGAACCGAUAACGAAAUGGCAUAUCACACAGAGGGAAUGAUGAAUGAUGCAGAUGGAGCACUGGAAGGCACGAGCAAUGAGAUCGAUUAUUAUGAUGUGGUUGAGAGCAAUUCUGCAAAGAACUUUUGUGAUGGUAUAAUAGAAAUAUCGAAAAAUGAACUGGAGGAGCAGCGAAGUGAACGGGAAAACGACACCGGAAAAGAGAAUGAUGUGUGGAGUGAAUGCGAUGUGAAGGAUGAAAUAAAAACGAAAAGAAAGCAUUCAAAUCGUUUGAAAGAUAAUAAUGAGAACGAAGUUUCGACUGGAGAUAACGAUAACGAAUUUGGAAAGGAUGAAGAGAUCAGUGCGGAUUUGAAGAGAAGAAAGAAGAAAGAGAAGAGGGAUGCAAACGGGAUCAACGAUCGUCAAUCGCCUGCGCCAACUUCUUAUUUUGGUUUCAUUAAAGUGGAUAGCAGCGCUGAAAGGGAAAACAUAGCGAAAAAAUCAGAAAAGAAUGAUAAAAGGCAUUCUAAAAAGGGAGAAUCUGGUGGGAACGUUGCAGUGGUUGCGAGUGAAAGUGAUCUCAGUGAGAAUGAGAGGAAACGACUGAAGAAGCUGAAAAGAGACAAAAGGAAAGAACGCGAAGCUCGUCGUCGAAUAGCGUCAGAUUCUAUCCAGGAGAAUUCUUUCGGUGUUGAUGGUGAAAAUGCUAAAUUAACGAAUAAGCAGCAUAAAAAAUCGAAGAAGCGCAAUCACAGUCAUAUUUCCGACUGCGGCAUUGAACAGUCUUCUGCUGCAGUAACAGGAGAAGGUGGUUGCACGGAAACGUGUAAAAAGACGUCAGGGAAACGAUGGCACAGUCAGACGGAUGAGAUUAUCAACGAAUCUACAAAUGAAACUGAUGAAAAAGAGCGAAAACGUCUCAAA